AAAUAUAGCUUGAAAUUUCAUGAUAUCCUGUGGCGCCUAAUAUGGUAAUAUUUUUGCAGAAAGUUUAUCCAAUUUCGAAACCAUCAGCUGUUCAUUUUCCAGUUCCAGUCACCAAUAAGACCCAUUCCAGCUGGACUCCAGCGCACCAACACUCCAGCCAACUUCACGCAGCGUCUGAGUGUAAAUUAUCAAAACAACACCAACAAACCGAGCGACACACUCAAAGCAACAAAACCUGAAAAACUCCGACUGAAAGGGAAAAUCAAAACACAAAAUGGCCGUGAGUUGUGUGAGAUUUUGACGUCUGUCGCAUCGUUGUCCCGCAGGCUUGCCAAGUUUUCAGGAUUAUCUCGGUGAUGUCGCCUUAAAAAUUCGCAAAAAGCGUGAAUCUGAUAAUUUCGGGCCGUGCCGGAUCCCAGCAGCUGGUCAUUUGCCGCGGUUUGUGUGAGAAAAACGUGAAAAAAGGAGGAAAGUCGGUGCCGUCUUCAGAUGCACAGAUCUCGAUGCGGGUUCGGUUUCGGUGCUUGCAGAGUGGAAUUUGCUUCGCGGCCGGAUUGCGAAAGUUGAUGAGAGUGUGGACUCGGCUGGGCGUCAGGGACGAAAGGAUUCUUGGGGCCGUUGUGUGAGAAAAAGGUGGAUCUGGUCGGGCGCGCUGUGUUCGGUGUCGCGGAGGUGUUUUGUCUUGUGAUUGAGUGCUCUCGGCUGUGAGUGGUGCUUUCUGUGGUGAUGUUUUCAUGGUGCUGAUUGAUGGCUAAUUGGUGGUGAGCGCGUUGAUGACUGGUGCACGGACGCAAAACUGAGUGGUGCUGGGCUGCGUAGGUGGAAACAAACAACGGCCGAGCGGAAAUUGGAUUAGGGCCAACUGAAUGGGCGUGAAUUCAUGAUAUUCCUCGACUUCCAGAAAUGCUGCUACAUUAAGAUUAUCGUUCAAAACUGUUCCCUACCAAUUCUCCAGAAUAUAUCUUCCAUAUGAGUUCGAGGAUAACACUUCCUCGUUUAGAUCAUUAGACGGAAAGAGCUAGACCCAGACGACCAGUAAUAGCGCCACAUCGAUUAAAAUGACACCAUCAAACAUUGAGCUAUCAUGUCGACUGAGUAAUUAUAUCAGCAAUUUUUGCUUGUCGUAACCAAAUGCUUGGUUAGAAGAAAGCUUGCAAAAACAUUCCCAACUCACUGAAACGAUUACCAAGUAGUUUAUAGUAGAAUCGGGCUCCAGAUAGUAGAUGAGAAAUUCAAUGCCCGAAUGACGAUUCUUUAUUCUAUACGGAACCAUCUACACGAAGAGCAAUUUUAACAAAACAAAAAGACAGAAAUUGCUUAGAAACCACUUAAUUUUUUCUACAUAAAAUAACAUAAAAAGACGAAUAUAUUUCCAUAAUUAAUUUCUUCUUGGAUCUCAACGACUGAUUAGCUUUUAAUCGAGAAUCUCAAGAUAAAAGAAAUUGAAUACAAAUUACAAAUUUACAUUUGUAUGAAUGAUCUCUCACUGUCUACCAAUGCCAAAUAUUGCAAUUAUAAUUUAUACAACGUGAAAAAGACGAAAAACAGUUUUAAACAUUUCUAAGACGGACAAUUUACAUGAGAAUCAAAGAGAUCUAAUAGAUACUAGCCAAACGGAAACGAAUCUGAACAAAGUCGUUAGCGCAAUAGACAAAAUUGAGCCUGCAGUGCUUACAACGCCAUGGGCAACAAAUGUUGUAGUAAACGACAGGAUCAGGAACUAGCUCUUGCCUACCCAUCAGGAUAUAAGAAAAAUGAUUAUAAUUUCGGUCAAACAACGGUCAAUAGCGGGCAGAAACAUAAUAAUGGCGGCUCAUUGGAUUCACGAUACACACCAGAUCCGAACCGGGGUCAGUUAAAAAUUGCUACAAAAGGGGGCGUCGAUAUUAUACGGCCCCGAACAACACAAUGUGCUCAAGGGGGCGUACAAAAACGUCGAGUGGUAGUUGCCCUCUACGAUUACAAAUCGCGCGAUGAAUCUGACCUCAGUUUCAUGAAAGGUGAUCGUAUGGAAGUAGUAGAUGACACGGAAUCAGAUUGGUGGCGAGUAAUUAAUCUCACUACCCGGCAAGAAGGAUUGAUCCCAUUGAACUUUGUAGCUGAGGAACGUAGUGUUAACAGUGAAGACUGGUUUUUCGAAAACGUUCUCCGAAAGGAAGCCGACAAACUUCUGCUUGCCGAAGAGAAUCCACGUGGGACAUUUUUAGUUAGACCGUCCGAACAUAACCCAAAUGGCUACUCAUUAUCCGUUAAAGACUGGGAAGAUGGACGAGGCUAUCACGUUAAACACUACCGCAUCAAACCAUUGGAUAAUGGUGGUUACUACAUAGCGACGAAUCAAACGUUCCCGUCAUUACAGGCGCUUGUAAUGGCAUAUAGUAAAAAUGCCCUUGGUUUAUGCCAUAUACUAUCACGGCCGUGUCCAAAACCUCAGCCACAAAUGUGGGAUUUAGGACCUGAAUUGCGUGAUAAAUACGAAAUUCCUCGUUCCGAAAUUCAGUUAAUACGAAAAUUAGGUCGUGGCAAUUUCGGCGAAGUGUACUAUGGCAAAUGGCGAAAUAACAUUGAUGUUGCGGUUAAAACUCUACGAGAAGGUACAAUGUCAACUCAAGCGUUCCUUCAGGAGGCAGCCAUAAUGAAAAAAUUCCGCCACAACAGAUUAGUUGCGUUGUAUGCGGUCUGCUCUCAGGAAGAACCAAUCUACAUUGUCCAAGAAUACAUGUCAAAAGGUAGCUUAUUAGACUUCCUUCGAGAGGGAGACGGCCGCUUCCUUCACUUCGAGGAUCUCACUUACAUUGCCACCCAAGUUGCAUCAGGUAUGGAAUAUUUAGAAUCGAAACAAUUGAUCCAUCGCGAUUUGGCUGCGCGUAACGUUCUCAUUGGCGAGAACAAUGUUGCGAAAAUUUGUGAUUUCGGUUUAGCUCGUGUUAUAGCCGACGAUGAAUACUGUCCCAAGCAAGGAUCUCGAUUCCCUGUUAAGUGGACAGCACCCGAAGCAAUAAUUUAUGGGAAAUUCUCAAUAAAAUCUGAUGUUUGGUCAUUUGGUAUAUUCAUAAUGGAACUACUUACAUAUGGACAAGUACCUUAUCCAGGUAUGCAUAGUCGCGAGGUGAUUGAACAAGUGGAGAGAGGCUACAGAAUGCCAAAACCUACAAAUCAUUAUUUCCCUGAUAAUAUCUAUCAAUUGGUAUUACAAUGCUGGGAUGCAGUGCCUGAGAAGAGGCCAACAUUUGAGUUUUUGAAUCAUUAUUUUGAAUCAUUUUCAGUCACGUCAGAAGUACCGUAUCGAGAAGUUCAGGAUUAAAGAGUGAAUAUUCUCGGUGAAUAUAAUUAAGCGAAAGAUGAUUUGUUUGUAAUGGAUUGAAUAUGUUUAAGAAUUAUAAGAGAAAGGAGUAUUUUUACUAUAGAAAUUUAGAGUCUAGGUAAUAAAACGUUUGAUUUUUGCCCUUUUUAAUUAGA